CUUUCCCCUCACUCUCCGCCCUGAGUCCCAGUCCUGUUCGACUGACUCCCUUUUAUUUCAAUUGUGCUAUUUACUUUCUCUCCCCCCUUUCUCCAUCUUACACAUAAUCCGCCGUCACCCUGGAGGCCGCUUCAGCACGCAUGGCAGCGAGGGACCGUUUCGGUGCCUACGCUGAGCCGGGCUUAACACCGCUGCAACGGGCUGUUCGAAAUGCCUGCGACUUGUCGCACUACGAACCCAACCUCGCCCUGAAUCUUGAAGUGGCCGAUCUGAUCAACUCCAAGAAGGGCAAUGCACCUCGCGAAGCUGCCUUCGAAAUCGUCCAUCUAAUCAACUCGCGGAAUCAGAAUGUGGCGUUACUAGCAUUGGCGCUUCUCGACAUCUGCGUCAAAAAUUGCGGUUACCCAUUUCACCUCCAGAUUAGCACCAAAGAGUUUCUGAAUGAGCUGGUUCGUCGAUUCCCCGAGCGCCCGCAGCUGCGGCCGACUCGGGUGCAACAUCGCAUCCUCGAGUCCAUUGAGGAGUGGAGACAGACGAUCUGCCAGACGUCGCGGUACAAGGAGGAUCUAGGCCAUAUUCGUGAUAUGCAUCGGCUAUUACUCUACAAGGGUUAUGUGUUUCCGGAAAUUCGCCAUGAGGAUGCGGCCGUCUUGAACCCGAGUGAUAACCUGCGGUCUGCGGAGGAAAUGGAGGAGGAGGAGAAAGAGGCCCAGUCGGCUAAAUUGCAGGAGCUGAUUCGUAGGGGUACGCCUGCGGAUCUGCAGGAGGCUAAUCGUCUGAUGAAGGUCAUGGCCGGGUACGACAACAGACACAAGACUGAUUACCGGGCUAAGGCGGCGGAAGAGGUCGCCAAGGUGCAGCAGAAGGCGAAGAUCUUGGAGGAAAUGCUACAGAGUCACCAGCCUGGUGACCCGGUCGCGGAGGGUGAUGUGUUUGAGGAACUGGCCGGGGCGCUGCAGAGUGCCCAUCCCAAGAUCCAGAAGAUGUGUGAGGAGGAGUCGGAUGAUCCGGAGGCGGUUCACAAGUUGCUCGAGAUCAAUGACAGCAUACACCGGACCAUUGAGCGGUACAAGCUCGUCAAGAAGGGCGACUGGGAAGCCGCCACACGGAUCCCCAAGGGCACACUGGGCACGACAACAGGUGUAUCGAAGAACGCGAACAACCAGCUGUCGCUUAUCGACUUCGACCCGGAACCUCCUGCCAGUGCCAGUACCAACGGCAACGGUGCGCCGGCCGCGACCGGAGGCAAUUCAUUGGAGAACGACUUGCUGGGGCUGUCGAUAGAUGAGCCCGCUCCGGCUGUGGGUGGUAUUUCGUUAGGACCAUCGAUCACGACCACUGCUACACCGCCAGUGCCGCAGGCUCCUGCUGGAUUCAAGCCGAACUACGACAUCUUGUCCUCGCUGGGCAGCUCUUCUCAACCGCCAUCGCAGUCAGCCACUCCGGUGCCAAGCGCACGACCCCAGAGCAUUGUCGCGACGCCCACUCCCCCACCGGCUGUCGACCCAUUCGCUUCGCUGGUAUCCGCUAGUCCCCGGCAUGCCAGUCCCCUCCCGUCUGGAGGAUCUGCAGCCGGCCAUGCAGCCGCUGGGGGGUCCCUGCUCGAUCUGGCAGGAAGCGGACCGACGCAACCGGUUGGCAGCAGCGGCAAGGCGGCGGAGGAGGACGAAUGGAACUUUGCAUCGUCGCUGCCGGAGAGCAACACACUACCGAGCACCAACCGAGUGUCGGUAUUGAAUUCGGCGCUCCGAAUUGAAUUUGUGGCGCGACGACACCCCCAGCAGUCGCAGCAGAUCCAUGUGGUGGCCCUGUUUUCGAACGGCACGAGCCAGCCACUGAACGAACUACACUUCCAGGUGGCUGUGGAGAAGGCGUACACGUUGCAGCUCCGCCCGCAGUCCGGGCGGGACAUUGGACCGCUGCAGAACAACGGAGUGCAGCAGGAGAUGCUCAUCUCCGGGGUAGCAGGGGGCAAGGGCAACUCGAUCAAGAUGCGGUACCGAGUGUCAUACCGGGUGGGCAGUGAGCACAAAGAGGAGCAGGGGAUGGUGCCGUCGUUGGGUAUAGCCUGAUUUGAUAACUUUCCAUUACUUACACUUUUUGUCGGACAGGAUUUAGUCUCCCUUCUUUGAUCCCCUCUUCCCCCCCACACCUCCUCUUUCUUCUCUUCUCCACCGUGUUUGAUGAGAGAGGAAGAGGGGAUUGUUUGAAAGUGUGAUUGAUAGCUUUUCUUCUCUUGCUAGCUAGCCCUGCAUAGUUGCCUGCCGUUGUGUGUGGAUGAUUUAGUGUUUUCUUUUUUUCCCCCUUUAUGCCGUGUAUACCAACUCAAGCAAGUUUGACAGCCCG